AUGCAUGCAAUUAUUGGCAAUUAUCAUUUCUUCGAGAAUGCAUCCAGCGAAGACGCCGAUCGAUAUUAUUGGAAAGCGUUUAAUGUAUAUGACACUAUUUUCCUAUUACAAGCACCACCACUUGUUCUUACUCAAGCUCGUCUUCUUAUCGUUGGUGUUCUCUUUCAUAUUGCUCUCACUUACUACCAACAAUUUUCAACGACAGCAAAAGCUCAAGAAUGUUUCCAACGUAUUGUUACCUAUUCAAUAGAACAUUGUCCAUUUGAUAGUUUCACAUUGUCUCAUCGUUAUCUUGGCGAGAUUAAUUAUUCACAUUAUGAGCAAUAUGAGCAAGCAGUAGAACAUUUUCAAGUUUCAGCAACUUUCUACGAAUCGCAUUCCUCUGAUGAUUAUUGGGAAUUAGCUCUAUGCAACAAGUGGCUCGCCAUGGUACAUUUCAAAUUAAGGCUCUAUCAAUUAUCGAUCGACUAUGGCUUAAAAGCUAUUGAUUUGCUGCAAAAACCACGAUCAUCUCAGUCAACAAAUAAAUUCGUCGGUAACGAGUUCGCAUUUUUGAAAAGAGUAACUUGUGUUCAACAAAAAAAUCAAAUAGCCUAUAAUGAACACAAUAACGAACAAGCUCUUUCUGAAAUGUAUAGACUCAUCGGAGAUGCAUACGAACAAAUACACGAUCUCGAUUUAUCACUAGCAGCAUAUGAAUAUGCUCUUGAAAUAAAUCAAGAUUUUUCACCUAUCUAUCAAUUAGAAACAGUUAUUACAGAAAGUCGAUUGGGAAUUUUAUUUAACAACGUAAAAGAAAUGGAAGAAGCAUCGACUUAUCAAAAAAAAAGCAUUGAAUCGCCUGAAACAUCUUUAUACGACCGUUGA